AUGGUCCGCUCAACAAUAAUAGUCCGCGCAACAGAUGCUUUGCCAAUGGCAGCAAGUGUGGAUGAUGAACAGACCGAGCAGGCUCUUCAGGAGCACAAGCAACAGUCGAAACUAAUUUUUCGACGCAUUACUCCCAACUCGGAACCGCGGUGUUCCAUCGAAAGUGGGCAGUAUACGCUUCACUACCUCCUCGCGGAUAAUGUUGUGUACCUCACCAUUGCGGACAAAUCUUACCCGCGGAAACUUGCCUUCUCGUAUCUAGAAGAACUUUCAAAGGAGUUCUCCGUAUCUUACGGACCCAAAGUAGAGUCUGUGCGGAAACCUUAUGCCUUUGUCGGGUUUGAUACCUUCAUGUCCAAAACAGCACGGUUAUAUCAGGAUACACGCGCAGCUGAUACAGCUGGAUCAUCAAACUUGGACAACUUAAACAAUGAAUUGCAAGAUGUCACUCGAAUUAUGACCAAGAACAUGGAAGAGCUUUUGUGGAGGGGGGACUCGUUAGACAGAAUGUCGCAUCUGUCAACUUCUCUGCGUUCUGAAUCGGAAAAGUACCGCAAGGCAGCAAGAAACAUAAACAUCCAGGCGCUCAUACGACAAUAUGCACCAUUUGGUGCUGUGGCACUUAUUCUUAUCAUCAUGUUGUGGUGGCGGUUCUCAUGA